AACAAUGUCACAAUUAGCAUACGGCUGGGGCAUAAGCGCGGUCUGUCAUAGUUUGCGAUGCCAGGAUGGCGCUGGAAUGGCUCGCGCGUUCGCCGAAGGGUUCGCGCCCUGCGCCUUUCAUUGCGCAGCCAUAUUAUUCAUGAUUAUAUCUACACAAAAGCGGCUUGAUAGAGGGAGAGGCCCGUGCGCUGCCUGAUGCGACCCUUCGUCUGCCCAGGCAACCCCACGCGUGGGUGGCUCGCCGCUCUGCCGCGUCUGGGGCCGGGCUGUCGAUGGUAAUUUACUUUCAACUUGCAGCUCUUCAAGCCCCGGUAGCGCAAAGAAAGUACCGCUAGGUCAUGUCAAGGCGUAUGAAUGCCGUCCGAACCGUCAUGUCCCUGUGCUCGGGAGCUUGCAAAAGGCACAAUGCUGCUUACAUCUGUUUGGGACCCGUGCUGCCGGCGGCAGGGGCUGCCCGGGUGGCCCUUGAGGAGACCAACCGGCCGCGCGCGACGGGUCAAAUCUUUCGCCGAAUGAGGAGCCGUGCGACGUACGCGCUCCGCAUGGGGCUUCACAGAACUAGUAUUUCAGCUUGGUGUGUCAAGUUAUACUCAUGCAUGUUCAUCACCGUGCGCAACAAGCCUGGGACGCAAUACAACCGAAACCAGCCCGCUGUUAGUUGACCCUUUGACAACGUCUUGCGAAGCGCAUCCUGCUUGCUCUCCUAUGUAUUCGGCGUCACAACAACAAGUGAAAUAGCACACUUUUACUCAUCGUAAUCGCGCCAAGGCGUGCGUGCUCCAGGCUACCGCCUACAUGGCUGUUGCCUGCGCGGUUGCCGUCCGGCCCCUGGUCCAAGUGGCCGUUGCCUCUGCCCACUAUAAGGACGGCACGGGCAAAAUCUCCUCCGCCGCCGUGUGCUGCGGCCUGCUGGCGCACUGCAGCGCUGCCCAGCUGCACGCCAUCCUGUGCGGGCUAGUGCAAGCCGUGGCAUCCAGCAGCGUCAAGGGCAACAAUCGGAAGCUGCUGCUGGGCUCCAAGCUGCGCAAGCUGCUGGAGGGCGUGGGCGUGGCGCCGGCCAACGGCAAAGCCUACACCGCCGCCGACGUGGCGGCACUCUCCGGCCCCAAGCUGGAGCGGCUGCGGGCCACGCUGAAGUCGCAGCCGGGACUGCUGCUGUGGUUCCUGCUGUUUACAUCGCCCGCUGAGCUGCAGGCGCUGCAGGCGGCGCUGCUGCCGGGCGGCGCGGGCGACAGGAGCUUCGAGGAGUGGCGCGCCGCGAUUGACGCUGUGGCCGGCAGCGGCCACGAGCAGCUGGCGGCGGCGCAGGAAGUGAGGGGCCGCCAGUCGGCGUGCGUUGAGGGCAGUACGGCCGGCAACACCGCCACCACCGCCACCAUCACCACCAACAACAACAACCCCGCCAGUCAUGGUGGCGUCUACACGGCGCUCACGGGCACCGAGGUUACCGGCAAGGCGGCGGCCAACAAGGAUCUGUCCCGCACCCGCACCACCAGCCACAGGAACCGGUGCGUGUCCGAGAGUGGCAGCACGCGCAACAAGAGCAGGAGUAGCAGCAGCAGGAGCAGCAGUACUCACAGCGUGGAGUACGCGGAGCCGAAGGCGGGCUGCUCCCAGCCCGCCGCCACCGUCCCGGGCUGCGUGCCUGAGAUCAUCAGCGCAGCUAUACCGCCGCUGGCUCCGCUAGCUCUGCACAUCCGGCGCGCCAUAGUGAAGGAGCUGCUGGAGGCCAGGCCGCCGGGCUGGAACACCUUUCUGUACUCCUGGCUGCAGGCGGCGGGGCUGUCCGAGUUCCUGCCGGCCAAUGGCACCUGCCGCAUGUACAUGGCAGACAGGAAGCAGCUCGUGCUCCGCGUGGGCGCGAUGCGCGAGGAGCAGGUGGACGCGUUCCUGACGUGCAUGUGCAAGGCGCACGGGCACAGCACGUGGCUCGCGCGCUACCUGCACAUGCUGGGGCCGGAGGUUUCGCAGCUGCUGUCCCAGGGUCGGUACAGCGACGAACUGCUGGCCGCGCUGCGGGCCGCCGGGCAGAAAACGCUGGCCGAUGCAGUCAUGGAGCACUUCUGGGGGCGGGACCCGGAUCCGGAGGACAGUGAGGCCGGCGAGAUGGAUGUCAAGCCGUGGGCGGAGCGCCUGGGACUGCUGAGGUUUGACAUGCUCGCGGAGCAGCUGAGGCUGCCGCCCAACGCCGACGGCUCCGUGAAGAACUUCAGCAACGGGCUGGUCUUCAAGGUCGACCCGCUAGAGGUGUGGAGCAAGUACACUGACGGAGAGCCGUCAGCAGGCGCGCUGAGUGGCAUGCGUGCCACCGACAAGGAGGCCCGCGACAAGCAGGUCAAGCAGCUUCGCGGCGUCCCGUUGCUGUACCUGUGGCGGAUAGGCGGCCGGGUGGUGUACGUGGGCAUGUCUGGGGGCUGGGUGAAGGGCAGUCGGAUAGCACGCUAUUUGGCAGAGGGCCCGGGAUUCAGCGAGUCGUCGAAGAUGCUGCCGUGGCUGACAGCCAUUGAUGAGGGCAAGGAGAUCGAGCUCCGGGUCAUCACGCUGGAGGGAUUGAAGGCAUUGGAGGGUAUGUCGGAGGGCAUGUCCGAGGAGGAGGUGCAGAAAAAGGUGCAGAAGAAGGUGAAGGAGCUCGAGAAGCACUUCCUGUGCCAUGUGGACUGCCCGUGCAACAAAGUUAACAACGGGUCUUACCGGGUUGAGACGCCCCGCCAGGGCCUCCUGGACAAACUCAAGGAGAAGUACAAGAUAAAAGUACGGCAACAAAGCGCAGGCCGGCAACCCCGCUGAGCAUCAGUCCAAGGAACAGCCCGAGUAGCCUGAGGUCUCGCUUCAGAUGCGACAAUCCAAUUGCGGCGGGUCGCCAUUGCACCACGGGCCGUUGCGGUGGCGUGAGCGGGCUGCAUGUGGCACAAGCCGGGGCUUUCAGGCAGGUCAGAUAGAAUCAUGCACCCGCGGCAUGCGGUCAGCGCACAAGCGGAGCUGCGGCCAGUUUGCAUGCAGGGGCGCUGCCGCACAGGGCCAGGCGCGUGUACGGUUGCUGCAGUUGUGUGCUUUUGCGCAGCUCAUCACGUAGAUUAGGUGCGUGUGUGCAUUUGCGGGCUGAACGCGGUUGGAACGAUGUGCGGGGUAGUGCAUGAUUGCUGUGGACAGUUGCAUCUUACGUUUCUUUUAUUUCUUUGUACAACUGUGGGCCUACCUCUUACCGAGAUUGAGCGAAACGGGAUGCGUAGGAUGUGCGUGGCAAGCUGAUGGCGGGUGGCGGGUGUGCAACCAGUAUGUGCGGGCAAGGAGAGCGUGCUGCCCUUCACAUGGAUGUUCUCCUGGUGCCAAGUUGUGUAUCGUCUAUUGUGGGCCAUUGCCGUGUGGAGGCGCUUAUCCCUAGUUAAAUGUUGUCUACCUGCUCAGCUCCCACAUUGGGUUAGGCCUGAUAUGCACCAGCAGCACUCAUUGAUCGAACAGCAUGUAGAUUCAUGCCCAAUAGGUUGCCGGCGUAAUUGAUUGCAGGCUGGCAUGCGUGUGUUGUACCGGUAACUUGUAAGGCACAGACCGGCUGCAUGCAUAGCGGGCAGUUUUAGCAUGGCACGAAGACGCAUCCCGUUUGGUGUAGCCUUUGCUCACUGUGUUGAGGGGUUAGUGCGUCUGGUCGAAGCGUGCCGAUCCCGAUUGAGGAUGAGGCAAGCGCAGGCUUGGGCAGACGUACCGUAUCCGCCUUUAGAGAGAGUCUAAUGAAGGCGUGGAAGCAUGAGCGGCUGCAGUCUGAGCCAAGCACUUUCCCAUCAGACAACAAGCAACCAGGCGUGCAGAUGAGCAAGUGCAAGCAUUGGAUGGGGCUGUGUGCGGAAGGCGCGGCACCACUGACCAUGCAAGGGCACAGUAGAGCAUUUUAUACCAGUUGCGCACCACAAGGCCUUGAUGAGGUUCCGCCUAUGCUGCUGGCCGCUUUCUGCCAACCGCGCCUAUGGACGACCUAGGGAGGAGAGGAUUUGCCCGUUAUGUGUUGCAAAUGAAGUCGAAGAUGAGGAUCAUGUGCUCAUGCGGUGUACGGCCUACGACCAGUUGCGUUCGGGUAGCGAGAUUGAUUGUACAGGCGGGAUGCAGGCCGUUAUGCAGAAUACGGACCCAGCCAGGUUAGCCGCAUUACUAGAUUCCGUUUGGGAGCACAGGAGCAGAAGCAUCCCCAUUCGGGGGCCAAACCCUACCGCUACGCAGUACCCCGGCUUGCCCCCUCGGCCCAUCCCCUCUGUCCCAUUGCGCACCAUUGCAAGGCCAAAAACUGUGUUGCAGGCGUUAUAAGGGCCCCCCGGCCCGGCCCGGGCCUCGGUUUCUACAAGGACAGGAACGCACAUCGUGCUCAUCACCUUGUAACCACACACAACAGGAAGCGUGGUGCGCAUGGGCGAAGGUCGCCAGCCAGUCUAGGGCCGGGCAGGGCGAGCGCAUGCUCAGUAGUAAGCGUAAGAACACAUUGGUUGUGUGGCCUUAACUAAAUGUACUACCCUGCACUACUUGCAAGCGGCAUUGCAUAGCCUGUGUCAAUAGGUUAUAGGUAGGCCCGUGGGCAGAGCUUGGGUUUGCUGGUGGGGGUGUGGCCGUGUGGAGCUGUGUUCUUGUAACCAAUAACAAUCUUGUAACCAACAACAACAGUGUUCUUGUAGAGAGCCAGCCGUGUAGGGCCGUGAUAGGUUGUCACUGGUGGUCGACAUUGCAAUGCCAUUUGCAAUCCAUGGAUAUGGCAAAUCGACUGUCACUGUAUGUGGCAAUGCGCGAUAAGUGCAGCGUAAGACUGCAAACAAGCUGCCUUAGAUUGCGAGCAGCCUGAAUCCUAACCAAAUGUGGACCCGCAAUUGUACAAAACUAGAUUCUGGGAGUCUGGGACUCAGUGGCCACACGGGGAUUUGGUGCGCCCUAGGACUGUGCUGGUUCAUGCAACAUGAGGCCCCUGAGCAACCUUACGCCAUAACCCUCACGGCGCAUGUCACUGUGCAGGACAGUUCAGGGUUGGUGUGCCGCAGAUUGCAGUGUGUGAAACAGCAGUGCAGGCCUAGUGCGCGGCGGCGCCACUUCUGCUGCAUUACCACACUGUGAUGCCAUAAAAAGCAGACUGAAAUACUGCGACACAAAGGCUACAGGAAAGGCGGGUUUGUGAAUGGAGUUGGCAGUGUCUGGCAGGCAGUGCCAGCGCACAUGACAGGGGACCGCAGGCCCACGUUGCACCAGCAACGGCAAUAGCGUCGCAUUGUGGCCUUGAGAUGUAGGCGGCGGCGACAGGCGGCGACGAUUGCGCAUGGCAGUGAUGGCCCCGGCAGCUUCUCCGAUUCACGCUGUGUUACAGCUUGCAAGCCGUAGGAAUUCGGACAAAACCCGCCCCAAACCCGGGCCAACAAAGUCUCGCCCCAGACAUUAGCCCCGGGGAGGAAUGUCUAGGAAACGGCCAAAAUGGCCAAUUAAUGUCUGGAGACAUUACCGUAUCGGGGGCGUUCGGGCUCUUGUAACAAAACUGUUCC